AUGUCGAUAGUAACAACCAUCGACAUCGCCUCACCCCCCUCGCAAGUGCGCGACAAAUUCCUCGACUUUGCGUCCUUAUCCAAAUGGCAUACCUCGUUCUUCUCAUCCAUUGCACCACACGGAACCCUUGAGCCUGGACAGAAACUCUUGGUGCAUUUUGCAGUAGGUGGGCAAAAAAUGAACCCGGUAAUACAACAAAACACGCCGACUACAUUUGCAUGGACAGGAAGCAUACCACUCUUGUUCACAGGCACACAUUAUUUCUUGUUUGAGGAGAGCACAGUGAUACCUGGGGGCUGUCGCUUGACGCAGAGCGAAGAGUUUAGUGGGGCGUUGGGGUGGCUCAUGGGUGGGAACGCUGUAGCGAAGCAAGUGGGGUUUGCCGAGAAGACGAAGAAGAACUUCGAGUUGUUCAAUGCCGAUUUGAAAGCUGCUUGUGAGAAGGGGCAUUGA